AUGAUUAACCUGACAACACAGGUAAAUGAAAAUAAUUUUAUGUCGCUUAUACCUGCUCUAAAAGAUUAUUUCACUGCAAAAGCAGACUGUUUUAAGGCUGGCAGGCUGGUAUCCUACCUAGAAAAUUGGAAGGAAAUAACUUCAGACUCUGAAAUAUUGUCAAUGGUCARAGGCCAGCAUAUUGAAUUUAAUUCAAUGCCCACCCAGGGAAAAACCCCGGGACAGUCUGUGAAAAAUUCAGAGGUCAAAAUCAUAGACCUUGAAAUAUGUAAACUCAUAAAAAAGGGUGUUAUAUUACCCACGGGGCAUGAGAAGGGACAAUAUCUGUCACCUAUAUUCACCAGGCCGAAAAAAGAUGGCUCUCACAGGUUAAUCCUAAACCUGAAGCGGCUCAACAUGCAUGUUGAGUACAAGCAUUUUAAAAUGGACACCCUCAAAUCAGCCAUAAGUAUGAUGAGACCGAAUUGUUAUAUGGCUUCGGUGGACUUAAAAGAUGCAUACUACUCAGUUAGUAUAGCAGAAAGUGACCAAAAAUACCUAAAGUUCAUAUGGUCAGGGAAUCUUUAUAAGUUUACAUGYUUCCCAAAUGGUCUUGCAUUUUGUCCAAGAAAGUUUACAAAAUUACUGAAGCCGGUUUAUGCCACCUUAAGACAGUCUGGUCAUUUGUCAUCAUCUUACAUAGAUGAUUCGUACCUCCAAGGUGAGGACUUUGAGGACUGUAUUCGAAAUGUUCUUGCCACAAUAAAAUUGUUUGACUCAUUAGGGUUUAUAAUUCACCCAGAAAAGUCAACACUUGUACCCUCACAGAGAAUCACUUACCUGGGUUUCGUCCUUGAUUCUUUAGAAAUGAAAGUUUACCUCACUCAGGAAAAAUCAAACAAACUCAAGGAUGCAUGCAAAAAUAUACUAGCUAGCAGCAAUCCUUCUAUAAGAGAAGUGUCCUCACUCCUAGGAC